CCAUAGACCUCAAACGGAGCACCGUACUCCGAACUCCGAGCAAACAAAUAAUACGAAAAUUCAAUACUUUCUGAGCAACAUUUGUGCUCGCACUCGCAGGCAAGAUGAAUCGCAUUUUGGAGGAUGUAAUCCAUAAGAACGCUGCGACCGUCGAACGCAUCACGAGCGAGAAUACGGCGGGAUACGUGGUGGCAGAUAACACAGCCAACGCCGUGGCCGAGACCUCGUUCGACAACACCGGUGCCCAGGCGAUCGUGAAGCACUUGCACGGGGUUCUCGUCAGCUCGUGCCAGAGCGUGAUCCGGGACCUGGAUCCCACCAACAAGUUGUGCUUCCUGCGGGUCGCCACGCGCAAGUUCGAGUACCUGGUGGCCCCCGAGGACUAUUUCACCAUAACCGUGGUGCAGUAGGCGGACUGGAGAUCGACUGCAGGAGGCGUUCGUUUUAAUAUCAUGUUAUAAUCAACUGUUCUGUACGUGUGUGUGCUGGUCCAACAAUAUAAUACAGAUAGUCUUGCUGUCAUUGGAA